UUGUUGGAUCACUACAGUCAAUGUCAACAGGACGGGUGAAAGAUAAAUGCAUUAAUUAUUGUUUGCUCCGACACGCAAACCCUUCUCAUGAUUGGCUCUGUUCUGGUGACUGACUCGUGUGGUAUAUUUUCUUUAUUGUCUCUUCCUCCCAGGUGUCUCAGCUCACCCUGGUUCCAGAGCGCAAAAAACGUCCUGAAAGCAGCUUGUGUUUCUGAUCAGCUGGUCUGUCACAAAAAAAUACUCUCUCAGUGAACUUAGAGAUGGCGAAGAUGGAGCUUGCACCACUUAGACCAUGGGAUGACUUCUUCCCAGGAGCUGACCGAUUUGCCAAACCCGACUUCGGGGAUUUAGCUAAAUGGAACAACCGUGUGAUCAGCAACUUGUUAUACUAUCAGACCAAUUAUUUCGCAGUGGCUAUCGUUGUGUUUCUGAUCGUGGGGUUUCUGAACCCUCUUGGCAUGUUUCUGGGUGGAGCCGUAGUCUCUCUUGUCUUCAUGGGCUCCGUGUGGGCAGGAGAAAACAAGAAUUUCAUCAAGAACUUCAAGAAGAAGAACCCCACUCUGUUUGUCAUCGCAGUCAUGGGAACCAGCUACUUCCUGCUGUCGCUGUGUGGUGGAGUGAUGGUCUUCAUCUUUGGAAUUACAUUUCCCUUGCUUUUGAUCCUAGUCCAUGCAUCUCUGAGGCUGCGCAACAUGAAGAACAGACUGGAGAAUAAGAUCGAGGGAGUGGGCAUGAAGAAGUCCCCCAUGGGCAUUGUCCUGGAUCUGCUGGACCAACAGGAGGAGAAGAUCAACAAGAUCCAGGACUUCCUGGAGUCAAAGCUAAACAAGGAGUGAGGGGGAAAAAAAUGAAAUGGCACCUACACCUUCGUUCCUAAAUUCAACAUUUGUGUUUUUCCUUUAACACUGAAAAUUUGUUUAUUUGUACCCCACACUAUGUCAGUGGUGUCGCAUUUCCUCUUUUAUUCCUAUAUCCAAUCAUGCUGUUCAGCACAAUGCACAUUAUGUAUUAAUGUCAUUGUAUGUCUGGGCACAUUUAACAAUGUACAUUGUUCUGUGUUGAACUUGACAUAAAUAAAGCUGCAUGCCAAAAUCCAAUAACUAAUUUAAUGUAAUACAUCUAGAUGUAUUAUCUUUUAACUUUUUUGUUUUCCUAUAUGGCAAAUAAUUUAAUCUGAAACAGUUUUGUUUGCUACCUCAAAAUAAUAGCCCUUUCUAUAUUUUCUGUCUAAGCGCUGAACUGGUGUAACUGGGCUCCUCUCGAGCAGUGACUUCUUAUUGAUCAUUAGCAAUAAUGUCCCUCUUGUUACUUCAGACCCUGUGGGUUGGGCUUGAGAUCAACAUAUCAUGGCUAUGCAAUAUGGGGAAAAGAACGGCACAUGUAGCUUUAUUAGUUGAACUGGUCAUCAUAAUGACAUGUUGUGCUUUCAUGUAUUUCAUCUAAUGUGCUUUUCCCUGCAUCUCCUGUACUUGUGUAUUUGCAUAAAGCAUGUAGAAAACCAAUGUUUGCUUUACAAAAAGCACAGUGUGGCACUAAAAUAUUAAAAGAUUGUCAGUGCAUGGAUUAUACCUCUGCACUAUUAAAUAUCACGGACACAUUAUGAAUGCCUGGUGGUGCGUUUUAUUUGUAAUUUUUGUUUUGAAAAGGGAGGUUCUGAUUAUGUAUUUUCCUAAUAAGCCAAUGUUUAGAGAUUUAUUUUCUAAAUCUGCUGUAUUAAUAUGAAAAUCAAAUGUAUUCCAGGGAUCAGUUGCAGAUAGUGUAUUAAAUAGAUUUCAUGAUGAUUUGAUGAUGCUAUUCAGAUCCCAGAAAUCAUUACACAUGCGGUUUCUCAGGUCGGACAUAGAGGCCGUCUUAGGUAGAAUUACGCAGAAUCACAAUGUGUCUGAUUUAGCCAGAUUUCUUUUAGGAGGUUGCAUGGUUAUGUAAUGGUUACAGUUUCAAAGAACAGUUCAGAGAAUGUUAUGAGUCUGUAACUACUAUUUUGUAUGUUUUCUUUUCAUUGAUGAGUAGCCAUAAUGUAACCACGGAAUUGUAAGUAAAAAUUUGCGUUUCCCCAUAAGAAUAAAUAAACUUAAUUUAAGAAAGGAAAA